CCAUGUCCUCCUGUCACGCACGCUGCCCAUAAUUAGUAACCAUAGCCUAAUUGGGCGGCGCCCGGCCCCUCUCUGCAAGCAACCACACCUGCCUGCCUGCCUGCCUUUUGAGGGACUUUGACGUGUGCGGGUGAGUUAGAGUAGAGGGAGCGAACUCCCAGUGCCUGAGGCAAGUACGCAGGAGGUACAUAGAUAGGAGCAGGAUGGACGGCCUCCACACGGAGCUGGCGCUGGGGCUGAUCGGGUGCGGCCAUGGCGACCUCCAGACGGCGCCGUUCGUGGCCAAGACGUACCAGAUGGUGUGCGACCCUAGGACGGACGCGCUCGUCAGGUGGGGGAAGGGCAACAACAGCUUCCUCGUCACCGACGUCGCCGGCUUCUCGCAGCUCCUCCUCCCCUGCUUCUUCAAGCACGGCAACUUCUCCAGCUUCGUCCGCCAGCUCAACACAUAUGGCUUCCGGAAGGUGCACCCGGACCGAUGGGAGUUCGCGCACGAGUCGUUCCUGCGCGGCCAGACGCACCUGCUGCCGCGCAUCGUGCGCCGCAAGAAGCGCGGCGAGGCCGGUGCUGGCGCCUCCUGCUCGUCUGCAGUCGGCGGCGGCGAGCAGCACCAGCACGUGGUGGCCAAUAUGGGAGACCAAGUGGAGGAGGAAGAGGAUGAGGAGGGAAGGGAGGCGCUGCUCGAGGAGGUUCAGAGGCUGCGGCAGGAGCAGACGGCCAUCGGGGAGCAGCUGGCGAAGAUGAGCCGGCGACUGCAGGCGACAGAGCGGCGGCCUGACCGGCUCAUGUCCUUCCUCUCCAAGCUCGCCGAGGAUCCCAACGCCACCUCCCUCCACCUUCUCGAACAGGCAGCCGAGAAGAAGCGCCAGCGCAUGCAGUGCCCUUCCCGUGAUUUUACUUCCUUUCCCGUCGCACUUCCUCUUCAUCCCGCGCCUUCACCGCCGCCGCCACCGCUAUUGGCGCUCGGCGACCCGACCAUGGGCGGGGUCAGAGUCUGGCAAUGGGCGGAGCCGAUGCCACUGGCGCUCACAACCUUCGAGCAGCCCUCCGCGAGCUCCGGGGUGCAGCAGGUGCCGGAGUUUGAGGGCGGCCGGAGCGGCAGCAGCAUGGGCAUAACUGACGGUGGGACCGCGGUGGAGACCCCCUUCCCGUUCUGCCUACUGGGCCAGUGUUUCUUCUAAACACGGCGCGCGCAUCGUGCAUGCACAUGCACUACCUUCUUCUACUUACUAAUUUAGCAAUUAGCAAUCAUUUGUACACACCUAAAAAAACAAUGUUAUAUUAGCUCUGCUAUACUCAUUCAGUAAUACCAGCAUCGGUACGUGCUCUGAAUAUUCUUAGGCCACUAGGCGCUGUCGACCGGCCAAAAUUCGGUCAGUCGCCGCGCGGCCGUUAGAUUAGGCCAGCCCAUGCUCUUAGCCGGACUUGCAUACCGCGGACGCGCGUCCGAGCACACCCGCCGACAAUGAUCGGGCACUUCA